CACAAUAGACACUGCGAGUCCAACACCGGUCGUUUAUGGAUAGCUUCUCACGAAGACCGCCUGUCGUCUUCGCUGGCUCCUAACUAUCACGCAGGCGGUCCAUCUGCGCCUUAACCCUCAUCCAGAUGUGCUCCCAUCGUUUCCGUCUUGUUGGCCAGCCAUUCAGUGCCCAAUGCUUUUUGAAUAGAUCAUAUACCUUGGAAAUCUUCUCCUAAAGGGACUAUCUGCUCCAGAAAUCUUCUAAAGGAACUAUUACUUUCAGCAUCAACAAGUUGAGUCUCUAAAGGGACUAUUACUUUCAGCAUCACCAAAUUGGUAAACUAUCUUCUUCCAAACUAUCUUCUAACUAAUCAUAGUAAUCUAUAGAUAAGAACAACUAACCGAUUAUCAAUGCCAAUUGGUUACUAAGAGCUUUGGUUCUGCCCUAUAUAUGAACCUAAAUAAUAGUCUUCUACCAAUAUUAAGAAUUGUCAUCUAUUAUAAUAAGUUUUAAUUUGAUAUGAGAAGCAGAGUGAAAGUAGAGAUGUGAGUUUGUAUAUUGUAUUUAAUUUGUCUGGUUGGGAAUACCGGAGUAGCUUAUUAGCAAUACCAUUGAUAUACCUUAGAUAUAGCAAUUUAGAAGUUAUGAGGCUGGAGAAGAUCGAAGCUUCUCAGGCUAGGUAAUACAGAAGAAUGAUUUUGCAUCUGAUUAUGAUUUUGAUGUCCAUUAUCAUUUUGCUACCGGUGCUUAGAUUUGCAUAAAAAUAUAUUGCUCUUAUGCAAAGCCAUUAAGGAAAACAAUGCAAACGAAGGUUUAAGCAUCCCGCCUCAAGCUAGCCUUACUAACGUUGAAUGGAUUUCAAAUGAAACUCUUUUAACCUUGUGAAUAUUAUUAGUCUGCAAUUUUUGUGUUCCUGGGCAAAAUAAAAGAUUAUCUAACACCAGUUAUUCUUUUUUUUUUCUAAUUUUUUAAUGCUUAAUGAUUUUUCUUUCCAAAUUUAUAUAGAUUUUAAAAAUGUUUAAUAUAUUGGGGAGGUUAUUUUGAGGUGUGUUUUAGGUUGGAUUUUUCAUGAUUAUAUCACUCAUCUACGAGUGCUACUGAUUGUAAAGCUCUCUCGUAACCAUCAGAUCACCUCCCUUCUGAUAUGCUUGGCUCAUAUUUUUUCUUCACAGGGUCAUUGAUGAAUGAGGCUGCAGAGGUUCAUGGGGGUUUCUAAGGGCGUUAUUUAUAUCAAUAUUUAUAAAACAAACAACUCUAUAAGUUUAUAAUACUUUGUUUGUUUUAUAAUCACCAUCACUAUGUAUCUAUGUAUCUUUUUCUCUUACUGUUCUAUUUCAUCUUUUGUUUACACAUAUUUACUAUUCCCCCCCGAGAAUUUGUAUGAUUUACUAAACUACCUUUCAGGUUAAUGCAAUCAUUUCUCUCGAUUCGGGGAUAAACCAAUACAGAGGACCCUUUAAUACUUAUUGGGUGGUUGGAUAUUCAAUACUUCGGUAUGAGCUCACACAAGAGAAAAGUUGCAUCUCUUCUUUCAAUUGGUGUCAUUGUUCUCUAUGAAAGGAAAUGGCAGCCCCCAUCUAGGUGUGGCUGUGUUGCAUGUGUGGUGGUAAUUGAAGCUGAUGAUAGUGACAAUGUGAAACUGUGGGUCAGGUGGUAUAACAGCCCCUCAGGGGCCAUGGGAAGCGCAGAUGCAGUUUUAUGGGACAAGAUAGUUUUUUCCUCUGAGAUCUUUAAAUCAUCAAUGAAAGUGAAGGGAACUGUUAAAUGUGGGUGCGGAGGAUAUUUGCUAUUGGUCUGUGUAUAAAGCUACAACCGGCUCAUUCUACUCGACUCGAUCAUGGUGUAUAAUAAAUACAAUGCGGGGACUGGUACAGAACUUAUGAAUACUUUUGCUACCUUAUUAUUAUGUGCCUAUUUGGUUGACAUAUAGUUUAAUCAGAUGAUUCUCGCUUUUUGAAACACAAAUGCAUUUUGCUGACAUCCUU